AUGUUGACUGCCAGAGGGGUGGUUGUGGACUGGGAGUGCUUCAGACGGAUGUUUUUGGAGAAGUAUUUUCCUGAGAGCGUGAGACAUGCCAAGGAAGCCGAGUUCAUGCGCUUACACCAAGGAGGGAUGACCGUUUCUGAGUAUGCGAUGAAAUUCGAGCACCUAGCUCGUUUUUACUCGCAAGGCAUCGCCGAGGCUUGGAAGUGUCGGAAGUUUGCAGAAGGAUUGAAAUAUGACCUGAGGAGAGUGGUGGUGCCUAUGGCCAUCACUGAAUUUCCAGCCUUGGUGGAGAAGGCGAAGGUGGUUGAGCGGUUGGAAGGUGAUAACCGCGGGGUGAAGAUUUCUGAGGGGCCAUCUGGGCAACCUACUGGUGCUGCUGCUGGUAGAGGACAGGGUGGAGGUGCUGCCCUGAGAUGUUACCGGUGUGGAGGGUCCCAUAUGAUUAGGGAUUGUCCCCACACAGAGAAUCGAUGUUUCAGAUGCCAACAGAUGGGCCAUGUAUCUUUUAACUGCCCCGCCAGAACCAGACCAGAGAGGGGUACUCAGAGGAGUGAUGCUCAGAGAGGAGACGUUCAGAGGGGUGGCAGACCCACCGCAACUGGUAGGGUCUGUGCUUUGACCGCUUCCCACUCCUUUAUCUCUUAUGCUUGUGUUGCCAUGUUGGGUGUACCUGUGUGUGAUCUGGGGUUGAGACUGCUAGUGUCGACGCCCGCGUCUGCUUCAGUAGUUGCUUCUGAGCUGUGUGUUGGUUGCCCUAUUGAUGUGAAUGGGAAGAGGUAUAAGACUGUGCCAAUAGGCGGUUGA